UUUUCUGAGUUCCCCUGGGCUGGUUUCCCCCCUGCUGCCCCAUGAAGGCCGGAGCAGCUGCCCUGGCAGCCGGGAUCCUCGGGGGCACCGGGGUGCUGCUCUUCCUCAUCGCCUUUGGCACGGAUUAUUGGCUCCUGGCCACCGACACCUGCGGGCUCCUCGAGCAUGGGAACAGCACUCUGAGCACCGGCGGGGCUGAAACUCCAACAGAGGCUGGGAAUGAGAUCCUCACUUUCCACCACGAGGGUUUCUUCUGGCGGUGCUGGUUCUUUGGUGAGGGCCACCCCGAGAGCAUCUGGACCUUCUGGUACACCAGCCAAGCCCACCCCAAGUUCUGCAUGCAUGGCUACCUCUUCCCCAUGCCCAUUGCUGUGGGACCUUUCCCCCAUCCCUCCUAUGACACAACUGCAGUGUACAGAGGAUUUUGGACGGCGUUCAUCCUGCUGGCCGUGGCUGCUGGGCUCGUGGGGGGGCUCCUGCUGGUCUGUGGGGUUCCCUUCUCCAGCCCCCACUCCUACAAAGUUGGGGGAGGAUUUCUGCUGCUCUCAGGAGGUUUGUUUCUCCUGCUCGUGUUUCUCUUUGUGAUGUGGAAGGAGUUUGCAGCGGACUUCCAGAGGUACAUCCUCCUGGAGAGGAGCGAGAGGUGCCUGGAUGGUGUCCCCGUGCACGUCUACUACGGCUGGUCCUUCAUGUUCGCCGCCGCCGGGGUGCCCCUGGCGCUCCUCUCUGGACUCCUCUUCUUCCUGGUGGGCAGAGACAUUAUGGAUUCCCUGCAGUAAGACAAGUGUGGAAAAGGUUUUGAGAAAAUUUGGUGAUGCUCCUGGUAAAGAAACACACCCAAGUUUUGAGGGUUUGAUCGUUUUUGUAGCUCUGAUUGUGGGGAUAGGUUACGCUCACUCUCAUGGGGAGGCAGGGAUGGAGCACUGAGCAUCCACAGAAUCCCACAGUGGUUUGGGUUGGAAGGGACCUUAAAACCCAUCCUGUUCCACCCCCUGCCAUGGACAGGGACACCUUCCUCUAUCCCACGUUGCUCCAAGCCCCACCAACCUGGCCUUGGACGCUUUCAGAGAUGGGACAGCCACAGCUUCUCUGGACACCCUCUGCCAGGGCCUCCCCACCCUAACAGCCAGGAAUUCCUUCCCAAUAUCCAUCCAUCCCUGCCCUCUGGCAGUGGGAGCCAUUCCCUGUGUCCUGUCCCUUCAUCCCUUGUCCCAAGUGCCUCUCCAGCUCUCCUGGAGCCCCUUUAGGCCCUGGAAGGUUUCCCUGGAGCUUUCUCUUCUCCAGGUGAGCACCCCCAGCCCUCCCAGCCUGGCUCCGACCACUGCCCAUCCCAAACCAGCCCCAGCUGAGAUCCAGCUCCAGCCUUUUUAUCCACUUUGGAGAUAUUUCAGCACGUUGGUGGGGUUUGCACCAGUUUUUUCCACAGCCCAAGGGAAAGCAGCUCUCUGUCAGCAGAGCUCCACAUCCAUAUUCAGCAGAGCUGGAGUUUUACAGCAUUCCCAGCAUCCUGGUUUCUUGUAAAAGGAAAUCGAAUCUGGCUGUGAUGGUGCAAGCAAUAAUGUCUAUUUCUAAAAAGCAAUUAAGGAUGAUUUUUUUCCCUUGGCCAGCUCUAAUUGACGUCAAAGGACAACCAUUUUAAUGGGAUGUCGGGAAACAUGAGAAACUUUUUUCUUUCUUAAAAGCCCUGAUUCUGAAGAUACAAAUGUACCUGGACCUAACCUAACCUUCAAUAAGGGAAUAAACUAACUUUUGUGGCUUGAAACAUAACAUGAAUUAAUUAGUAUUUCUUUACAGCAAUGCUUUACUCUGCAUUUAAUAUUUUCCCUGGAUGCAGUUUUGUGGAGAUUCCCAACCCAAAAACUGAGAGGUGAUCCUGGUUGAGGGGAAAGGAGGGACAAUAGCAUGAUAUUGUGGUAUCACCUUGGGCUGUGCCAGUGCCCCAUCAGUUCUUCACAUGCCAAUUUCUCACUAUAAAUUUGUUUUGAAUAGUUUUUGUCAUUACUCUGAAUUUAAUAUUUUCCCUGGACAAAGUUUAGGGAAGUUUCUCAACCCAAAAACUGAAUGAUGGUGGGAGCUGGAGGAAUGGGAGAGGGGACAAUAGAAUUGCUAUUUUUUUGCCUUUGUUUUGUCAGCCCUAUCAGGCAGCUCAGCUGGGACCUUGUUGUAUUCUAUGGACACCUACAAGAGUCAGAUCUAAAAUGACAAAUUAUAUAACAUUUAAGCACAUUUAAAUUCUUGCAGUCAUCCAGGCUGAUGUGGCAGUGACCCUGAGAAGAGCAAUCACCUCCUAAUUCUCCACCAAACUAUCCAGGUACUGGGGGUGAAAUAAUUUGUCCUGAAUAGGCAGAGGUUUGUAAAGACACUUGAGAAAUGACAAAGAUUUGAUCUCGUCGUGUUUUUUCGGGCUGGAGCGUGGUGCUUUGAAGUAGUUUGUUGGGUCCUUGUUUGCUGAGCUCAUUUGCAUAAAUUUUAAAUCAAACUUCUCAAACCGCGCCGUUCUCGUGGAUGUCAGAGUUUGUGCUCAGCUCACAUCUCCUGAGCUUUAUGUCACACUAUUGACUCAGUGCAGUUAAUUAAUAAUGGAAUGUAAAUCUCUGCUAGGAAGCGCUGAAGAUUGUUGGCAGUGUAAAAAUGUUUGUUAAUGCUCUUCCUAAAAUAUUAUUCAAGUCUGGCGUUUCUUUCCUUUCGGAGCAAGUUCUAAUUAUUCUUUUACAAGAUUCAUGGCAUACACUGAGUGAGGAAUUGUAAUUCCCCCAUGUAAAGAUUAGUUCUUUCAUAUGAAUAACAGGCUUGGGCUACAGUUCUUUAGCAAUAUCCACACUGUUUUCCCUUAAUAGAAAUUUUGUUUGAAUAGAAUUGGGAUGUGCAGGUAAAAAAAUAAUGUUUUUUUUUUCCCAGUGAAUGGAUGUUUCAUGACAUUCCCAAAAACACAGAGAUUUUAGUCUUUUAUUUGGCCAUUCUAAACUGUUUUCUUUUUUCCUGAUUCUCCUUGGGUUAACUCUGUUCCCCAUCAGUUCUUCAAGGUAUAAUUUCUCACUACAAAUUCCCUUUGAAUAAUUUUUGUCAUUUAAUUAUCUAUUCAAUGUGGAGAUGAACACUUAUGGUCACAGAGAAUAAAAGUAUACAAUCCAGGAGCAGAAGAGGUCAAGAUUUACAGUCACUUGCCUUUCACUGAUCCCAUAAAACAAUCCAAGCAUGCAGAAAUGAUGAUCCCAUAAGAGACACCAGGGCAGAAGAAUGAGAAUGCAGCAAGAAAUCCAUCAGACUUAUUGAUAUCUGUGAAGCUGAGGAUCCCUGAAGUUGUGAAUAUAGAAGUGAGUUUUAUAUUAUAGAAUGAAAUAUUUAUUAACUUUCUCCAUCUGUUCUUUAAAAAAUUUAGUUUAAUGUCAUCAAGGCAUUUAUGGAAUACAUUUAGCUUAAUCAUGCAUUCAUGCCUUGGGGAGUAAAGCAUCCCUGGAGACCUGCUCUUUCUGGAUCAGCUCUAGAACAAGCAAUAGUUUAAAAUUCCAUCAUUCUUUGGAAAUAAACCACAUGCCUUUGAAUCAUUCUUGAACAGAGGGUGUUUUAUUUUAAAUAUCUGGUAUUGAGCACAUCCAAUUGUUGUCUGGUAUUGAGCUUUUGGGUAACCUCAUCAAAUCCCUGGAUUUCCCAAAGAUUUGGAAAAUCUCUCAAUAUUUGGUAUAUAUCUAAUAGUCACAGCACUAAGAAAGAAUGAGAUUGUAGAGCUGCAUAAUUAAAGCAAUUAACUCUUUCAUUAAAAUUCCAUGUUUACGGCCAGCACAAGGCCAGAUACAUAAUUUUGGUGGAUUAAAGAUUCCAAUUCCUUUGCUCUCAAGUUUCUCAUGGCUAGUGUAACUCAAGCAGACAAAAUUUGCUGUGAGAGUCAUCACUUCUGUAGGAGAAAUUUUAAAAAAAGGAAUUCAUGGGCUCAGUGGUAGAGUUGGAAAUUGCAGAAACCACGUUCGCUUUCAUCUGUUGAAUGUGAAGUUUGAUGAAAGGAUAUUAUAGAGUAGUGACAAGGACCUAAUUCUGAUCCAAGUUUUGUCAUUAUAAAUCAUGAGUAAUUCCGAAGGCUGCAGCAGACCCUUAUCACUGCUAAACAUCUGUAAGUCAGAUCAGAACCGGGACUAAUAAAUACAUUCAAAAUGCAUAAUUAAAACAGUGAUUUCACAUCACUCUGAUGAAUUUUAGUCAAGGAUUUCUUCAAGGAUGCUUU